GUAAAUGCGUGUGCUAGUUCCGUAUUCUCUCAGCUAGUUUACUACAUACGCCGUUCACCCUCCCUAAAAUUCCCCGUUCGGACGGGAACCGCGAUGUGAAUCUCUCGUCGCUCUGUAUUCCCACAGUCGUCACUUUCUCGUGGUGUCUGACGGUAAGCCUUGUAGUAUGUUCAGGAUGAUUAAUUUACUAGGUGGAAUCUAUUCAGAAUGAAGAGCCCGCACAGGCAAGAGUGCAAAAGGAUGCGGUGGUUACCAUGGCAAUGCUGGACCACACACACACAGCUGUGACCUCUGCUCCACGAUCUCUCCCCACCCGAUGACCUCUGCUGCCACCCAUCAUGGCCGCUCCGAGGAAAUACUUGGUCCGAGACUUUAACCGCUAUAUCACCUGCUUCCUGUGCAGAGGUUAUCUGAUUAAGCCCACCACCGUCACCGAAUGCCUGCAUACCUUUUGUAAGAGCUGUAUUGUUCAGCACUUUGAGGAGAGCAAUGAAUGCCCACAGUGUGGCAUUCAAGUGCAUGAAACCAACCCAUUAGAGAUGCUAAGGCUGGAUAAAACACUUGAGGAAAUAAUAUUCAAACUUGUGCCUGACCUGAGAGAGAAGGAAGAACAGCGGGAGGUUGACUUCUGGAGGAAAACAAAGUCAAAAGGGAACGGUGAAGAUGGUCCUCUGCUCAAGAAGGCAAGACUGGGUGAUGAUGAUGACUGUGAUGAAGAUGGCGGUGGACGAGAUGGAGACUAUCAUAGGAGUGAUCCUCAGAUUGCCAUCUGUCUGGACUGCUUGCGAAACAACGGACAGUCAGGAGAAAGUACAGUAAAGAGCUUAAUGAAGAAAUUCAUCCGCUGUUCCACUCGGGUUACCGUGGGAACCAUUAAGAAGUUUCUCUGCCUGAAACUUAAGUUACCAAGUUCUUAUGAGCUGGAUGUACUGUGUAAUGGAGAGAUCAUGGGCAAAGACCACACCCUUGAGUUCAUUUACCGCACACGUUGGAGACUACAAGAAGAGAGCGCAUAUCCCAUGGUUCUGGAGUAUCGCCCACGAAUCGACUUUGGCUAAGAGAACAGUGUCACAACUUAACAGAACUGAUGCUGUAAGGACAAGGACUCCCAGGCGGACACAAGAAAGUUCACACUGACAAGCUGACUUCAUGUCACCCAUACCAUUCCUGUCUGUUUUGUUUUUUUUGUCACAAGAGCUGCUCUGGUAGAGGCGCCCAUACAUGACUCUUGAGUAGUAAAAAUCCUACUUGAGUAGGAUUGUUUUUACUUACUCGCCUGGUAAAGCUAGAACACUGGUUUUACCUACUCAACAUGCAGACAUAGAGCACUGACAGAGCCUGACAUGAUGGCAGCAGCACAUCAACGACCCACUUUGCCAUGAUAACCCAAUGUUUUCUUUAAAGUAAGUAAGGACAGGUGUGUGUGUGUGUGUGUGUGUGUGUGUGUGUGUGUGUGUGUGUGUGUGUGUGUGUGUGUGUGUGUGUGUGUGUGUUUGUGUGUGUGUGUGUGUGUGUGUCCUGCAAACUUCCUGACACAUAAAAGAACAGGCGACUCAGCCCUGAAGCAUCACUUGUACAUUCAGGCUGGGAGUCCCGGUGGUGACGAAACCCUGCUCUCCAGAGUCCAGUUCACUCUGCAGUGAUUACACCAGACAAGGAAGAUGAGAUGAACGUUUAUGCCCCUUGGACUCUUCUCUUUUAACGCUUCCACUCCAUCACUUGGUCAAAUUAGCCUCUUCAGUUUCCUGCCAUUUCUCUAUAUACUUCUCUCUGUUUUUCACUCUUUCUUGCUCUCUCUCUCUCUCUCUCUCUCUCUCUCUGUCUCUCCCUUUGUCAUCCCUCUGUUAGUGCGUUUCUGUGCCUGUUGCAUCUGUAAUGGUGUUUUUUGGCAGAGUUGUGUGGUCCUGAUGGCUCUGGCUGACAGCUGAGACGACGGAUGGUUUCUAGUCACUGCUGAUGACACAAGAGGACGUGAAUGUGUCUCUCAAAACUGCAUCGGAUGGCACGUGCUUCGCAAAAGGCUUUCCCAUCAACUGCAGAGUUGGGGGAUGGUGAUUUACAUAUUCUAUUUCAUCUUUAGCGGCGUUUAGUUUGAGGAUUCCUCUAUUUAAUUCGUCUUUUGUCACAGUCUGAACAAACAUGUCUAUUUUCUUACUACAGAUAAUCCAAAUAACUACGCAAUGAUUUGGAAUAACUAAUCAGACCAAUAUGGUGUUUUAUUAUGUUCCCUGAUGUCUGUCUCAGUGUAGAUUCAAGAGACAUGAUAUUGACGCCAUUGCCGAAUUUAUUUUGUAUUGUCUGCAUUGUUCCUUAGAACAUCUUCCAUAGUUAUUCAUUCAGAUAAUAAGAUUUCAUUUUUAAAUAUUACAAACUUCAUGGUACAUAUUACAGAAUACAUCAUACAUUAUUUGGAAUCUGUGGGAUUUCAUAGGAUUUGAAUUGCACUGGUACGUUACACUUAUAGUAGAUUGUAUGAAUCUGCAAUUGAUGUAGUUUUAUAAAGAAAUCACAAAACUGAAAGUA